CAUUCCUCAACACUUCAAACUUCAAAACGGAAAAAUAAAUGUUGGCAAAAGCUGUGGCGAAGAGAGUUUUUCUGGUCCGUCAUUUUGCCAAAAUUGCAUUAUCAUCGACAGGGACUGCAUCAAGUAUUCAAAAACGUAAUGUAUAUACAACUGGUGAAGCAGAAACAUGCUUUUAUCAUGGAGGUGCAUUGCAUGGAGAACUACCAACAGAACCAGAUAUUCCAAUUGAUCUAAUGGUUUCAUCGAUUUACGGACACGUUGCAAAAUGCCGUCCUAAUGAUUUUAGUGACGAAGAAAAGAAGACCAAGCCGUUGACUCCACGAACCAUUGCGCACAGUUACCGAAAGUUUGUGAUUCCUCUGAGCACGGACAAAGAAAAACAGAGCCAAUACCUAAGUGCUAUGGGAAAUGUUCGUAUUGGGAAAAUUCUCGAAGAUCUCGAUCACAUGGCGGUCCAUGUCGCUUAUGUUCAUAAUUCGGAGAAUGGUUCGCUUGAUGGUCCAAUGACUCUGCCACGUACUAUUGUGACAGCUUCAGUCAAAAGAAUUGAUUUCCAUAAAGAAGAUAUCAAUUCUUCGAGAGAUGUCAUCAUUGACGGACAAGUUUCAUAUGCAGGUACCAGCAGCAUGCAGACUUCGAUUAGACUCUUUCAAAAUGACGACAGUGGAAAUCUCAUUCUUUUGCUCAAGGCAGAUUUCAUCAUGGUUUCACGGGAUCCGUUGGAUGGAACUAAGAAGAUUCGCGUUCACGGUUUAGUCGCCAAAAGUCCAGAUGAAGCAGAGACUAUCAAUGAGGCAAAAGAACAUUUUAAGACUAUGAGCAACAUUGAGGAUAAGCAGCCAUCAAAUGAGGAACUGAGAUUGAUUCAUAAAAUGCACAAUAAACUGGUUGGAAGAAGCCAAGUUAAUGAUAUUCCUGUGUUGGAGAACUCUGAAAUGUGGAUGCAUAGAACCAAACUUUCGGUUACUGAAAUCUGUUUCCCUGAAUACCAAAAUAUGUAUGGAAAAAUUUUUGGAGGUUUUCUUAUGCGAAAGGCUCUUGAAUUGGCUUACACUAAUGCAAAGUUGUAUUGUAAAGGAAGAGUUGCAGUUCGAUCAAUGGAUCAUAUUGAAUUUGCUAAAGCAGUUGAAAUUGGUUAUGUGCUUCACUUGGAUUCAUUCGUCACUUACACAGAUGGGAAGUAUCUCCAAAUGAAAGUGGCCGCAUCAAUUUCAGACCAGAAUAAGCUUCCUGAGCUUGCCAAGUUGAACCACCCAACUCUUGGACAAGAGGCCCGAGUUAACACGAAUGUUUUCAAUUUUACAAUGGAAAGCGUGGAGAACCCAAAUGUAUUGACCGUGGUCCCGAAACACUAUGUCCAUGCCAUCACAUACCUCGAAGGUCGUCGUCUUUUGAAGAACACUCUCAAGAGAGUUAUUACCUGAGAAUGAUCUGGUUUCUGGCAUAUUUCUGCUGAAUGGAGUGAAAAUUCUUUUGUAACGAAUAUAGUUUUGUCGAGAAAUAAAUUUAUAGUAUGAAA